CCCACAAGGUGAUGCGUCACUGCGCUUACGUGAAGUCGUGACACAAUUCUCGCGUGAUGAGACUUGUGGCGUUGGGAUUGUAGGGGAAAAGAACUUACAGCCACCCGCCCUCCCUUCCGAAAACUGCAGCUCACUGACAGCCGGGGUUCGGAAAUCCAAAUUGAUUUCUAUUUAAGAGUUUCUGCACUGACUGCUAGCCUGAGACUGGGAGCCAUUCCACCCUCAAGAAGUGUAGAGCAGUGUUACUUCACCAACCAUGCCGUUUCCCUUCGGGAAGUCCCACAAGUCUCCUGCAGACAUAGUGAAGAACCUGAAGGAAAGUAUAGCUGUGCUAGAAAAGCAAGACAUCUCUGACAAGAAGGCAGAAAAGGCAACCGAAGAGGUGUCUAAAAAUUUAGUAGCUAUGAAGGAAAUCCUUUAUGGGACAAAUGAGAAAGAACCCCAGACAGAGGCAGUGGCCCAGUUGGCUCAGGAACUGUACAACAGUGGACUUCUUGGAACUUUAGUUGCUGAUCUGCAGCUGAUUGACUUUGAGGGCAAGAAAGAUGUUGCACAGAUCUUUAACAAUAUCUUAAGGAGGCAAAUUGGAACAAGAACCCCUACAGUGGAAUAUAUAUGCACCCAGCAGAACAUACUCUUCAUGCUUUUAAAAGGGUACGAGUCACCAGAGAUUGCAUUGAAUUGUGGAAUUAUGUUGCGGGAAUGUAUUCGACAUGAGCCACUUGCCAAGAUUAUCCUUUGGGCAGAGCCAUUUUAUGACUUCUUCCGAUAUGUUGAAAUGUCCACUUUUGACAUCGCCUCAGACGCCUUUGCUACGUUUAAGGAUUUACUGACAAGACACAAGCUCUUGAGUGCUGAGUUUCUUGAGCAACAUUAUGACCGGUUUUUCAGUGAAUAUGAAAAGUUACUACACUCGGAAAACUACGUGACAAAACGGCAGUCAUUGAAGUUGCUUGGGGAGCUUCUUCUGGAUCGCCACAACUUCACCAUUAUGACAAAGUACAUCAGCAAACCAGAAAACCUGAAGUUAAUGAUGAAUCUUCUGCGUGACAAGAGCCGCAACAUUGAGUUUGAGGCUUUUCACGUGUUUAAGGUAUUUGUAGCCAACCCCAAUAAGACACAGCCAGUCUUGGAUAUCCUUUUAAAGAACCAGAGCAAGCUGAUUGAAUUUCUCAGCAAGUUCCAGAAUGACCGCACUGAAGACGAGCAGUUUAAUGACGAGAAAACCUACCUAGUAAAACAGAUCCGUGACCUGAAGAGACCUGCACAGCAAGAAGCCUGAGAGAGGAACAAGGAAUGAGAGAGGGGUGGGAAGGGAACUCAAACCCAGCGCUGGCUAUGAAAGUAAUCAGCAUCCCGUGGACUUUGCAAAGCAGUAUCUUCACUUUAACCCUGAACGGUUUCAUCUUAUUCUGCUUUUUCCAAGUUGGUUUUGAAAUAUUAGUCCAGGAGUAACCUCUUCCUUGCUGGAAGAAUCCAAGGCGGCGCACGCGCUUCCAGCCGCAGAGAGGUUAAAUGAUGAAUGCAUAGCUCCCUUUAGUUCUUUCUAUUAUCCCAUCGCGCAUUUAUAGCACAAGAUGGAAUUAACUGCCAUCUUCUCUUCUUUGUUGCAUCAGCACGUGAUAAGCAUUGGCUCCUUUUUGGAGAAGUAGGUCGGGAAGUGAAACAAACUAAGCAAAGGAGAUCUCCGGCAAGUAUAUAGCUACUAUUCUGGGUUUCUACAUCUAGCCUUUUUUUUUUUUUUAAAUAAUGCAAAGUGUCGCAUGCAGAAUAACGGCAAAAUACAAAAAUGUGGUGUCCAUCAGCGUAUUUGCACAUAAACUUGUCAGAAUCUGAGCACAAAAUGCCACAUGUGCAUAGCUGGUACCUUAUGCCUUGAUCUCAGAGACAACUAGUAAAGUGCAAGAGUGCAGUGCUUUUAAUUCAUUCUAAAGUGGAGCAGAGCCGGCUGCCAGCCAAUAGCGGGAAGUUUUUGUGUUAUAACUCCGUAAGUGCUGGAAGAUGUUCCCAACUCAUUGUAAAAUGUGUGUUGCCAACUGAUUUGGCACCCGAGAAGUUAAAAUUGUGAAUUGGGGUAAUAUUUCAACAGGGUUUAUGUACAAACGAGUGUAUAUUCAUUAUAUAUGCCUUUCAACUGCUUUCUUUGUUUUAGCAGGUAUGUAAGACAGGAUUACAAAAAAAAGCAGCAUAUUAUGUCCUUGGGGGGAAUUUUUUUGUUUCCUGGAAGUGCUGAUUUAUUUUAGCAAAAUGCUGAGUAUCUUCCCACUGUUCUGGCCAAUAACCGUGCCAUGAUUCUUUUAGAUCCAUAACCUCAACUUCAAACCACUUA